UCCUCAUGAGGCACAUUUCCAUCUAUAUAUGUGGUCGAUGUAAACUGAUCUAUUAGGUCUGUCUUUUUCUGUCAUGGAAAAGUUUGCCGACCACUAGGCUCUAUGUUACUACCGUCCACACCCACGUCACCGCCACGAUGCCAGAGAGCAGCAUCCACAUCAAUGAAGAGGUGACGCGCGCUACAGCGACGCGCGCUCCGACCGCGCUGCCGCACACAGCACAUCAGGUGGUGAAAUGUAGCCCAACUUCACGCGGCCAUUCAGGCUCUCUGCUAUAUACGCUAAACAUGGGUCGACGAUGGCGAGGAAACGGAUGCCGAUGAUAUCAACCCACCGAGACAGACUACUAUAGACCAGAUCCGCAGCAGCAGCAGCAGCAAUGAGCUCCUCCUUUGCAAAAUCUGAAUCCACGACCUCCUUACUGAAAUCUUCCUCUUCUGCGGCGGCGAGGAGACCGAUACUCCCUGAACGCACCGCGGAGAACCGGAGGAGUCAGCAUCAGCACCAGCAUCAGCAUCAGCACCAGCAUCAGCAUCAGCACCAGCAUCACCACCGUCCCAACGCUCCACUCCAGAGCAGCAGCAGCAAAGCAGAGGAGUCCUUCUGGUCGGCCGAGUGCGACAUCAGUGCCCGGAGACCCCUGUGCCAUCCCUCCAUCAUCGGCAGCAGCCAGGACAGCAGCAGUAAUAAUGCAGCCAGUCGGGGCAAGUGCAAGACGCAUGCCCCCCAUAGCCAAGUUCCCGACCCGGCGGAGCCAAACGGUGUGAGGGAGCGCUGCAGGUCAUCCAAGCCCACACACCGGCACCACCACCACAGGAAGCAUGCAGCCCGGGAGGACCGGCCACCACCACCACCUGAUGCUCCUGCAGCAUCAGCAUCAUCACCUGCAGCAUCAGGACCACCUGAACAAGAGCAUCCCCGUCGGUGCCACGCAGCGCACCCCCGCCCGGUCCCCUGCAGGGUGCCCUCUCUGUCGGACAGCAACGACGACAGGGCUCCUCUCUGUGAGCAUGUGAGGGACCAUAAAGGGGUCGGUGGGGUCAGCAGUCCGUCCCCGUCCUCCUGCUCCCUGGUCCAGCUGUCCAGCAGGUCCUCUCGACGCUCCCGGAGGUCCAGCGUGGCUUCUUCUGCAUCAGACAUCAAUUUACGCACUAUCCUCAAUUCACUGUUUGGGCAGGACAGAGAGCUGCGGCCAGAGGAAAUGGAUGAGUUGCGAGAUGCUUUCAAAGAGUUUGACAAGGACAAGGACGGUUUCAUCAGCUGUAAAGACCUUGGAAACUGUAUGAGAACUAUGGGAUACAUGCCCACUGAAAUGGAGCUGAUCGAACUGAGUCAACAGAUAAACAUGAACUUGGGAGGUCAUGUUGAUUUUGAGGAUUUUGUAGAGUUGAUGGGCCCAAAACUCCUCGCCGAAACUGCAGACAUGAUUGGAAUAAAAGAGUUGAAAGAUGCGUUUAGAGAGUUUGACACUAAUGGAGAUGGUGCCAUUAGCACAUCUGAGCUCCGAGAUGCAAUGAGGAAGUUGUUGGGCCAACAGGUGGGUCUAAAGGAGGUAGAAGAUAUCCUGAGGGAUGUUGACCUGAAUGGUGACGGGCUUGUUGACUUUGAAGAGUUUGUACGAAUGAUGUCUCGCUAAGAUCAUAAAAUGAUCGGUCCUGAAUGUGAAGCUGUGUCCUUCUCCAUACUUGACCAAGUACACCAGUAGGACAUGCUGAGAUCUCUCUGAGCCAUCCGAAUCUGAAUGACACUGGAAUCAAAACUCCUUGAAUGUUACAGAGCGAGGAGUUCACCUCACACUUUCAGUCAAUAAGUGUUCUUCCUGAAAAGUCUCCAGUUCAACUGAGGCCGAAUUUGCUGUAGCCUAGCUGACGAUUGUCCAAUCUAUGUUUUUGCACUUUAAUUCUCACUAAAUAACUUCCUGUGUGGAUAGAUUGCUGGUGUCUUGUCUCAUCUGCGUGGUAAAAAAAAAAAAAAAAAAAAACGUCUCUCAAAAUGUCGCCUUCAAUGUACAACAAAGUCAGGAUGUGAGCCUGAAUGCCUGCAGAAAAGAUGUAAAAGGUCAGUGCGCUGUUGAACAUUUCUGUAUGUUUUCACACAGUUUGUGUUAUAUUAGAAAUUGUAUGUCCUCUGUGUGACAUCGGGGCUCCAACCAGGAACCCAUGUGGCAAUAUAACACCUGUAUUGUAACUGUGUGACCAUCUGUGAGUUUUCUCUGUGCCAGUCGAGUCCUAUAAAAGCAUCACUGUCUAACAAUACAUGCAACAAAGAAGCAGAUCUCUGAUAUUAAUGAGAAACCGAACUCUGAAAUGCUUUUCAUAUAUGUUAUUCACUACAGUAUAUCAAGGACAGUUGACCACGAUUCACAAAGAUGCAUAGCUCCGGUUUGCAGCAUCCUGUCUUUCAAUGCUCACAGGUUUGAAUACCUAGAGUCUUAGUAUAUAUAUUGUCUGUAUCCAUACUAAUCUGUCUGCGAUCAUACAGUAGGAAUGACAUAUGUGAACUGUAUUUACAGUGGAUGUGAUCAUGUUGUACCUGUACUGUAUGUCAACGUCAAUAUGAUUGUAGUUGUGGUAACGUUCCACACAUCUGUGUCGUCGAAGCAAUUUUUAUGCAUGCCAAAGAGAGAAAUUUAUUAAAUUCAGUAUAUAUGCA